AUGUCUCCUACCCGAGCGCUAACGGUCGACACAAAUGGCGAUCACAUUCCAAUGCCGCAAAGGUUAGAAAAGAUCUUGAGUCGACCAAGAGGUCCCCCAACUCCAAAUAUGACCACUCCUUCCGCCGAUUUACAAUCUCCCACCCAUUCAAGUCACGAUCCUCCUCCUCCCCCUACACCAGCGGCAAGUCCAGGUCCUAACCACCCGCAACCAGAUUGGAGCGAAGCGGGAGAAAAGGAAGAUAUAUUUUUAUCACAAAUUAGGAUAUACUUCAGUCAAAGUUCGGCCCCUGAAAGAACGAGGAUAUUAGGAGAUCUUUUGAAUCUUUGCACAAGCCAACAACUCAGCUUCGUACAUCAAUAUGUUAGCCCGUUACUGAAGAAGGAUCCCUUCACGACCUUGCCAGAGGAACUAUGCCUUCGUAUUCUGUCUUGUAUCGACGACCCCAAAGUGCUUGCGCGCUCAUCCCAAGUUUCGAAACGUUGGCGAGAUCUACUUUCAGACGAUGUCACUUGGAUGAAGUUAUGUGCGAAGCACGACUAUGGUCGAAGAAUGUCAGAACAUCAGCCCACUGCACCUCUAACAUCACUUCGACCCCCUCCACAUCCCGUUCAUUUGGCAUCACAAGCAGGGGAUAGUUUUGCCUCGCAAUCAUUUCCUGGAAUGAGCGCACCGUUACCGCAUGUCCCUGGGAGUUCAAAAAGUUUCGAUAGCGCCACAGCCUCGGGCGUAUUGAAGAGACCAAAGAUUAGGUCAUAUAAAUCACAUUUUAAGCAGAGAUAUUUGGUCGAAACCGCAUGGAGGACCGGGGGACAAAACAUCGCAAGACACAUUACACAGGAUCAGGGUGUUGUGACGAGUCUACAUUUGACACCAAAAUACAUCGUAGUGGCGUUGGACAAUGCUAAAAUACAUGUUUUCAACACAGAUGGAAAUGCACAAAAGACCUUGACCGGGCAUGUAAUGGGUGUUUGGGCAAUGGUACCUUGGGAAGAUACCCUCGUGAGUGGAGGUUGUGAUCGGGACGUCCGAGUAUGGGAUAUGGCUAACGGUGAGAGUAUACAUACUCUACGUGGACACACAUCAACAGUACGAUGCUUAAAGAUGUCUGAUGCGAACACCGCCAUUUCAGGUUCUCGAGAUACCACGCUGAGGAUUUGGGACAUUAAAACUGGCGUGUGCAAAAAUGUUCUUGUGGGUCAUCAGGCAAGUGUUCGAUGCUUAGAAAUCAAAGGAGAUAUUGUUGUUUCCGGAAGUUAUGAUACUACAGCCAGGGUAUGGAGUAUUUCAGAGGGUAGAUGUCUACGAACACUCCAGGGCCAUUUCUCCCAGAUAUAUGCUAUCGCGUUUGAUGGAAAGAGGAUCGCUACUGGGAGUCUUGACACUAGUGUUCGAAUUUGGGACCCAGAAAACGGGUCUUGCCAAGCCAUUCUUCAAGGACACACUUCACUAGUUGGGCAGUUGCAAAUGCGAGGAAACACGUUGGUGACCGGUGGUUCUGACGGCUCUGUUCGCGUCUGGUCACUAGAAAAGAUGGCGCCAAUUCACCGACUAGCGGCUCAUGACAAUAGUGUUACAAGUUUACAGUUUGAUGAUACACGAGUUGUGAGUGGGGGUAGCGAUGGUCGAGUCAAGGUGUGGGAUCUUAAGACUGGUCAACUUGUUCGUGAACUUAGUGCUCCUGCCGAGGCUGUAUGGAGAGUGGCUUUUGAAGAGGAAAAGUGUGUUGUUAUGGCAAGCCGAGCUAACCGCACUAUCAUGGAAGUAUGGUCAUUUUCUCCGCCUGAAGAUGUCUUGUAUGAAAAAUCAUAUGCCCAACCAACUCCCAUCACGGGGCCUGCCAGACCUUUAAGCGCUAUUGAGUAUCGAAGCGGUAGCCAAGAUCAAGCUAUGCAAGGAAUUAUAACAAGCGAAGCAUCAUAUGUAAGAGAUGAUGUUGAAAUGGCUGAUGCUGGACCAUCAACGGUUCCCCCACAAGCUACUGGGCCUACCUUCUUUCACGAAGAUGAUUGA